AGUUUUAACAAAAUACAAACAGGGGGAAUUCAAACCCAUAAAGGACCGGGCAGAUAAGAAGGACAGGAGAAGGGUGUGCUGUUCAUUGCGUUGAAAGCGUCCGCACACCAGAAGACUCCCCGCCUCCCUCUUCCCUCCCUUCUCUCUCUCUCCUCCUGUGCCUCGCCCAGCACUCUCUGCCAUCCAUGAGCGGGACCAACUCGUCUGCCUAUCGAUCGGAGCGCAGCUUUCACCAGACCUCGUCCUCGUCCUCGUCCUCUGGGAACCCACACAUGGAGAAGAGCCGGGGACUGUUCGCCGAGGACUUUGGCUCCUUCAUGCGGCCCGGCAGCGAGGCCUUGGGCUUCCCCAGUGCAUCUGGUAAUGUAAAGACUCUUGGAGAUUUGUACCAGUUCACGGUGGACGUGCAGGACUUCUCCCCUGAAGAUGUCAUCGUCACCACAUCCAACAACCAGAUCGAGGUUCAUGCAGAGAAGUUGGCGCAAGAUGGUUCGGUCAUGAACACUUUCACGCACAAGUGCCAGCUGCCCGACGACGUGGACCCCACCUCGGUGACAUCAUCGCUGGGCACCGAGGGGACCCUGACAGUCACGGCGCGGCGACACCCGGCCAAACACGAGCUCGCACAGACCUUCCGCACAGAGAUCAAGAUCUGAAGAGCCCCCUUUGCGUGUGUCGCACUCCAGAUGUUUUGUGUUCUCGUGCUACUUCCUGGACUUCCUGUCUUCACUUUAACCAUUCUACUUUAAACGCCCAACAGAGAGAGUUGCCCCCCCCCCCCCCUGUGCUCUGUGCAACACGGCGCAUUCUCCCUCCGUCACUGGAGCGAUGCCUGUUGCUGCUCAUCUGCAUCGGAGUCACUUCCCCUCACGCGACAGCGAUGGGUCACGUCUGCACGUAACAUGCUAAGACACUGAGGUUGGGCAUUUCCUCUCUCUCGCGCACACACAAGCAAACGCACACACAUAGCAACUACCUGAUCGCUUUACUCCGGUCCCCUAACAUUGUCCUAAACAUGAAGACUCUCCUCAACUGAUGCCACGUUAAUAAUAACUUAUUAUGUAUUAUUAUUUGAAUUAAAUGAUCCUGCUUUGACGAUAAA